AUCUGUCAGUGUCAAUGUCAGUCAAACAUCUGAAUGAAAAAUACUGCACUGCACUAUUUUUUGUAAAAACUAAUUUUAAAUAAUUCCUAGAAUGUGGCUACAGAAAUUGUAGUGCAACUUUAACUGUAGACUAAUAUUAAAUUAUACUGACCAGCACCGGCCAUGUUGCGGUGACGCGGCGGCAUGGCUGCGGGGGCGGGCGCGGGGGGCGCGGGGGAGGCGGGGCUCUGCGACGCCGUGCUGUUGGCGCCACUCACUGAGGAGACCUUCGUGCACAAUCUGCACGUGCGGUACAAGCGGGAUGUUAUCUAUACAUACGUGGGCGCCGCUUUAGUCUGCGUGAACCCGUGCCGGCCGCUGCCGCUGUACACGCCCGAGCUGGUCCGCGCCCACCUCGCGCGCCCGCCCUACACCCUCCCGCCCCACCUGUACGCAAUAACGGCGACAGCUUACCGAUGGGUCCGCGACAGGAACGAAAGCCAAUGCAUAGUUAUCACAGGCGAGAGCGGUUCCGGCAAGACGGAAGCGGCACGAGUCUGCCUCCAAUGCGUGGUGCUGGCGGGGGGCGCGGCGGGCGCGGGGGGUGCGCUGGUCGCCGCCGGCACGCUAUUGGAGGCCUUCGGGAACGCGGCCACGCCCAUCAACCAUAACGCUAGCCGAUUCGGAAAACUAUUGGACAUAGAGUUUAACUUCAAAGGCGAACCAAUAGGAGGACAUAUAACACACUACCUCUUGGAGAAGGAGCGCGUGUGUCGGAUAUCAGAGGAUGAGCGGAACUUCCACGUGUUCUACCAGCUGCUGGCCGGCGCCGAUGUGCAGCUACUCAAGCGUCUAAAGCUCCAACGCUCAGCGAUGUGCUACCGAGUGCUGGUGGGGUCCUGCGGGGGCGCCCCGCCCCGCACCCCGCACCCCGCGCCCCGCCCUAUUAGUAGACAGGACACGAAGCACUUCCAGCAUACUAAGGACGCGAUGGCCCGCGUAGGCGUGUGUGCGUCGCGAGUACUGCGAGUCCUGGCGUUCAUACUGAAGCUGGGUAAUGCGGAGUUCGAGCCCACGCACAACAUCGACGGCUCUAUCGGCACGCAUCUGCACCACCACUAUGAAGUAUGGGAAGCGUGCGAGCUAGUGGGCGUGGACGCGCGCUCCCUACUCCUCGCUCUGGGCGCCGAGCCGGCCUCGCUGGACGCGCCCGCGCACACGCCCGACCACGCCGACAGCGAGCCCGGGGCCGACCAGGCCGAGGGCAGCGCCGAAUGGGCCCGUUCCCUCCGAGACCGCCUCAUCAGCACAGUCUACUCGCGUCUCUUCACGUGGCUGGUGGGCGCGGCCAACCAGGCGCUGCAGAGUGAUGGCACUACUAGGACAGCUGAGCUGGGGAUACUUGAUGCGUAUGGCUUCGAAUCCCUAUCCCACAACGGUCUCGAGCGGCUCCUCAUCAACUACUGCGCAGAACGCGUCCAGGCCGCAGUCACGGGCGCCACACUGCGCCGGGAACAGCGCGAGUACUGCCGCGAGGGGCUGCCGUGGCGCGCGCUGCCGUACCUCGACCACGAGGCCAAUGCGGAGCUACUGGACCACGUGAGUGACAUACUGACAGUGAGUGACAUACUGACAGUGAGUGGAGGCGCCGCGAGCAGCGCGAGUACUGCCGCGAGGGGCUGCCGUGGCGCGCGCUGCCGUACCUCGACCACGAGGCCAAUGCGGAGCUACUGGACCACCAACUUUUAUUUGACAUCACCCUUAAACCCCGUGUUUUCUCCCCUUCAGGGUCCAGAAAGUCUGCUAGGCAUCCUGGGCGACGUGUCUGCGAAGGGGCUAGACGACGACACGUUCAUACAGCGGCUGCAGAGGAAGCGAGAUAGAAGAUUGUUGGUGUUGCCGCCUGAUCACUUCCAAGUAUCCCACUUCGCGGGCCCGGUAGUCUACUGCGCGACGUCGAUAUCGCGCGACAACCGCGACUCGCUGCCGCCGCGGCUGUGCGCCGUGCUGCGCUGCUCCACUGAACCACUUCUAGCCGCUCUCUUCCCUCCUGUAUCGCAGUCGAUAUCGCGCGACAACCGCGACUCGCUGCCGCCGCGGCUGUGCGCCGUCUUGCGCUGCUCCACUGAGCCACUUCUAGCCGCUCUCUUCCCUCCUGUCCCAUGCGGCCGCAACUCGGCCGGCUCGCCGCGCCGCCCCGCGUCACUCCUGUCCCGACAGAGGGCGCUACUAGCCGCCCUAUCACGUCGCCUGACCGCCGGGCCCGCGCCGCGAUUGGUCCGCUGCCUCAGAGCCAAUGCCCUGGCGGCGCCGCGACGGUUUGACGUGCCGCUGGUGACUCAGCAGAUACGGACCCAGGGUAUAAUGGACAUGGCGCAGCUCCGCCGAGCCGGCUGGUGCGAGUCGAUGUGCGCUCGCGAGUUCCUGCGCCGCUACGCCCCCGGCGCGGGGGGCGCGGGAGGUGCGGGGGGCGCGGGGGGCGACGACCCCGUGCGGGGGGCGAGGCUAGCGCUGCGGCCGCUGCCGAUACCGCCGGCCGAGUUUGCGUAUGGACAUACGAAGGUGUUUAUACGGAGCCCUAGGACUGUAUGGGAACUAGAAUCCCUGCGCAGCGCACGCGUGCAAACCCUCGUGCGCGUGGUGCAGCGCGCGUGGCGGCGACGCGCGGCCAGACGUGCGCACGCGCAGGCCGUCAUAGCGCGCGCGUGGAGGCGGCAUCGGCAUACUGACCUACGUCCACCUUCAGCGAGCCCAUCCGUCUCGGCCUCAAUCAUCCUCUCCUUCUGGCGGACGUCAGCCAGACGUCGCUACCUGACGUCACUCUGGGCGCGCCUCCCCCCCCGCCGCGCGUCCCCCCUCUGCCGCGCGUGGCCCCCCUGCCCGUGGCCCGCCCUGCUGGGGUACACGGAUAGGCUGCUGCAGGCGAUACAUCAUCGGUAUACGUGCUACAUAUACCGCAUCCAGUUCACGCAGACGGCUCGCAACAGGAUGCGCGAGAAAGUCACGUGUAGCGCGCUCUUCCGCGGACGGAAAGCCCUCUACGCUCGGUCGGUGCCGCGUCCCUUCGUGGGCGACUACGUGCGACUACGAGCGUCGGCCCAGUGGCGCCGCCACGCGCCCGACCACGACCGCUACGUCGUGUUCGCCGAGCUUGUGGGGAAGGUAUCCGGGUGGUCAGCGCGCGUCUCCCGCUGCAUCUGCGUCGUCUCGACCUGCUCCCUACUCCUCCUCGAACCCCGGGCCCUGCGCCCGCGCCGCCGCGUCCCCGCGCACCAUGUAUACAGACUCAGCCUCAGCCCGCACCGCGACGACCUGCUCGCCGUGCACGUGCGCGCCUGUCCGGAACUAACCGGUUCCGUGGAGGAGGUGUCGCAGUGCUCGUCCUCUCGGGAGCCCAUCGACAGCGCCGGCUGCUUGUUCGGAAGCGGCACAACGCGCGCGCGGCGCGGCGACGUGCUGGUGCGGUCCUGCCACGUGCUGGAGCUCGCCACCAAGCUGUUCCUGGUCGUGCAGAACGCAGUGGGACAGCCGCCCAAGGUGCACAUCACUGACGAAUUCGAAGUGAACUUCGGUCAGCAGCUAGUCACAGUGUCCGUGCACCCGUCAGCCGGCGCGCCGCCGCCGCCCGCGCCCGGCGUGGAGCCCGAGCUCAAGCUCAUGCGCCGCGGCAGCCAUCUCGACGUGCUCAUAUGAUGCAACACGACGCUACCAGGUUUGGAAGUUAUACUGUUGAUUGAGCCAGUUGUGUGUAGGAGGAAAGGUUGACGGACCGGUCGGUCGAUUGGUUUGCGGAUUCGGAUUAAGGUUUGGUGGGAGCCAUUUUGAAAUGCUAAGUCGAUGCGGACACAAAAUGGCGGCAUAACAAAGUUUGGAGAUGAUUGUUUCAGAGGUAAACGGAUAUGGGCUAAUGUUGAAGAUGCAAUUAAAUGAUUAAGGUUUAGUCUUUAGGCAUUUUGAUGUGCUCAUAAUAUGCAUAAUG